AUGAUUCGCUACAGCUUCGAGCGGCCCAUGUGCGUCGCAGCGAUUGAGUUCGCCACAAUCAUGAUCCUUGAAGUGUCCUAUGCUUGGCGUCCGGAGGAAUGUGGAGCGGCGCUCAUGGUCGUUGCAGCAGUAAGCCUGGUCCUCACAGCGAUGACUACCAUCUUGCUUUCCAGACGGUGGAUCACCCCGUCGAUCAUGUUCUUCGGUGCCGCUCUAACCGGAUGGUUUGGUGUCCUUCUGAUUUUCGACUGGGGAGCCAGGGGCACCUUCGGCGCGAUCACUCUUCUUGUUGCAGACGGCAUCGUCUAUGGUUCGGCCAGCGUGGCUAAUGGGAUUGCCGAGGGUUGGGCCAGUCGGGCAACAACACCGGGAACAGGAUACAGUAACGAAGUCUAUCGCUCGAGGAUGCUGGUCGGGAUUUAUACGAGCCGCUUUAUCGCUCCGAUCUUUUCCCGUUUCCUUGUUGACUUCGGAGGCCGCAAUGUCUACGCGGGGUUGCAGCUCUUCCUGUGCACGCUGGGAACGAUCAGUGUGUACCGCACCGUCAUCUUGGUAUGGCGAGGCAAGGUGAAAUGA